CUAUUAUCCCCGUGAGCUGAGCGUGAGCCCCAAAGGAACAAUGCGAAUACACUGCUCUGGGCAUACGCACCGACGCGCAAUAAACUAGCAGUGACCGUAGGCGUCUUCGCCGCCGGCGUUUCUCUCAUUGCGGUCGGCCUUCACCUCUCUUUCGCCAACCUCUCGUGCCGCAAUUCGCAGCGAUUUCGUCAAGUCUCACCUGAUGAAGUUCGUCGACGAUUGACCGUCCUAAUCGCUCCGACUUCGAUGUCGCCUUGGUCGCGAACUCUUCUUUCUAGGGUCAAGUGUUUAUUGGCUUGAUGCUGUUCGAUCAUCACUCGUAUUACACUUGGGCUCGGCUUUGCUUGCUUGAAUGAGGUUAAAUUCAGCUCAAGCAAGCGGAUUCAAUACAAAAGGGCAGAAAGCGACUAUUAGUGCAGAGUCCAUGGAUUCUCCGACACAAAACACGUCAUUGCAGCGUCUUCAAAAUGUUGAAAAGAGAAUUGUCAAGGUUUUGGAGCUAGCCGGGGGAGUGAUGGAUGAACUUGCUAAUCCGGCUGGUCCCCGAAAGGAAUCUAUAAACAACCAUUGCCGCGAGUUCAUGCAGUCAAUCAAGGACAUCCAGGUGACUCUGCGAGACGAAAUCAAAAGCGCAUGUGAAUACCGUCCGUUCGAGAAGUGCGACUACAACUCUCGAAUAGCAAAUGAGAUUGGUUUGGAGAAGCUGAAAUACAUCCUAUCUCAGCUGGAUGGAAUGAAAGAAACUACCGAUGAAUAUAAUAGCGAAGCCUGACAUGUAUGAGUUUUGGUAUUCGUUGGAAGGUUGGCAUGGGGAGUUAUUGCUCGACACUGGAUUUAUCAUAUCAGGAGCUCUUAAAUCUUAAGACAGAAUGUGUAUUUAGUCA